AUCUGACCUUGACACGUUCCAUCCACUCAGACAUGAAAUAAGUUAUCCAUGUUCGGUUCAGAGAGUCUCAUUUCCACACGCCCCUGUUAAGGACCCUCUGGUGGCUACGCCGCUGAAUCACAGGACAUGUACGGCAGUGCCAGAGCUGUAGGUCAUGUAGAGAGCAGCCCUGUUCGAUCCCCGCGCCUUCCAAGGUCACCCAGACUGGGCCACCGAAGGGCACACAGUGGGAGCGGAGGCGGUGGUGGGGGCAAGACGCUGUCCAUGGAGAACAUCCAGUCCCUCAACGCUGCCUACGCCACUUCAGGGCCCAUGUACCUGAGCGACCACGAGGCCGUGGGCUCCACUGCCACCUACCCAAAAGGCACUAUGACUCUGGGCCGCGCCACCAGCCGGGCCAUGUACGGGGGCCGCGUCACGGCCAUGGGCAGCAGUCCCAACAUCGCCUCGGUGGGGCUGCCUCACGCUGACCUCCUGUCUUACAGUGACCUGGGCUCCCUCUCCAUGCUGCACCACCACCAUCACCACCAGGGGGUGCCCUCCGCCCUGCUGAGGCAGGCUGUGCGGGGCAGCGGCGGGGAGCUGCUGGAGAUGCAGGCCCAGCUCAGGGAAAUGCAGAGGGAGAACGAGUUGCUGCGGCGGGAGCUCGACCUGAAGGAGAGCAAGCUGGGAUCRUCCACCAACAGCAUCAAGAGCUUCUGGAGUCCCGAGCUGAAGAAGGAGAGGAUCAUGAGGAAGGAGGAGGCGGCUCGCACAUCCAUCCUUAAAGAGCAGAUGAGAGUCACUCAUGAGGAGAAUCAGCAUCUCCAGAUGACCAUCCAGGCCCUGCAGGAUGAACUGCGCACGCAGCGGGACCUCAACCACCUGCUUCAGCAGGAGAGCGGCAACCGCUCCGGCUCGGAACAUUUCACCACCAUCGAGCUGACGGAAGAGAACUUCCGCCGGCUGCAGGCUGAACACGACAGGCAGGCCAAGGAGCUCUUCCUGCUCAGAAAAACCCUGGAGGAGAUGGAGCUGAGGAUCGAGACCCAGAAGCAAACACUUGGAGCACGGGACGAGUCCAUCAAGAAGCUGCUGGAGAUGCUGCAGAGCAAGGGGCUGCCUCCGGGGCCGGGCAGGGCCUCCGAGGAGGAGGAACAGGAGCGAGCACGGAGGAUUGCUGAAGCAGAGGCUCAGCUUGGACACCUGGAAGUUAUUCUGGACCAGAAGGAGAAGGAAAACAUUCACCUGCGAGAGGAGCUGCACAGAAGGAAUCAGCUCCAUCAGGACCCAAGUAAAACCAAGGCACUGCAGACCAUUAUAGAGAUGAAA